GUGAAUGAGUCGGUUGGGCACGAAAAUAGUUAAAAGCUUGGGGGGUUUGGAUCAUCAUCGGAGAAUGGGGAAAAAGAGGGAGAAAGGGAAAUUAUCAUCAUCUGUCCUGUCUUUCUGUACCUCUCUCUCGUCUUCUUCUUCGGACGCGUCUUCUCUUUCAGCGUUCUUCUUAUUAUAAUUCAUAUUUUAAACCUUUUUCGCAUAUUCCGUCAACUCUCUCCCUUGAUUCCCAUUUACCCAUUCUCCAUUUUAAUGUAAUUUCUCCAGAAAACAAUAAACAAUAAACAAUCAACCCCCAAAACUCUAUUUUCUUCUCUUCCUUUCUACACUCCUUCUUUUUCAGGUUCAGAUUUCUGCAGAUCCUUUCCAUUAACCCCCUUUACACAUUCCCAUUAGGGUUUUAAUUUCAUCCCCCCCAACUCCCCGAUCGUGAUAAUUGUUCGUGCUCUGGGAUUUUCUACGUUUAUUGUUGGUGGUGGUUGAAUUCAGACCCCGUUACUUGUCGUGUGGCUCUGCAAUUGCUGAAUUUGAUAAAGGGUGUCUAGGGUUUUCCGCCGGAGUGUUCUCUUUCAAGAAUUCGUCUGAUUAGGUGAAUGGUCAACGUGUAAGGGUUUUGGAUACAAGGCUACACUGGUUGCCCAUAUAAGCGAUGUUAGGUCUGAAUUACAACGCCUUUGCUACUACCAGCUGUUUCUUUCAUCGGGCUGAAUGGCAUCCGUUGGAAUAGCAUACUGUACUUGGGCUUGCUGCCCUUCAUCCCGUUGUAAAUCAGGAUAGGGUUGUUUGGUUGCGGAUAAUUUCAAUAACUAAUUCAAAGUUGAGGUUCUCAAAAUCUCAUGUACAAAAAAAGUUUCUCUAUAUCCAAAAUGAUGGGCUGUUGUGGUUGCUUUGGGUUUACCAAAAAACCUAAAAGAGUGCUGAGACCUGCUUCUGGUUUCAACCGCCUUUCUGAGGAUUUUUUGUUGGGUGAAGACAUGGAAGAUGAAGAAAGCUGCUCGUCUAAUGAUGAUAUGACCAGUCCUACACAUGAAGAAGAAACUGAAUCACAUAGUCGUGUCAAAAAUUCUGAAGAGAUUUUGCAGCAUAGAACACAGAAUGGUUUGAUUUGCCGGCAAUUUCCUGUCAAGGAGACAAAUAGAGUUAUUCGCUCAGAGGAUGAAAAUGGAAACAAGAUGGUCAAUGAAUAUGUUCGUGAGUAUAAGAUUGGUGCUGGCAGCUAUGGGAAAGUGGUUCUAUAUCGAAGCCGUAUGGAUGGAAAAUACUAUGCGAUUAAGGCAUUUCACAAGUCUCAUUUGUCAAAGCUGCGAGUUGCUCCUUCAGAGACAGCUAUGACUGAUGUUCUUCGUGAGGUUUUAAUCAUGAAAAUGUUGGAACAUCCCAACAUAGUCAAUCUGGUUGAAGUGAUAGACGAUCCGGAGGAUGAUCGCUUUUAUAUGGUUCUUGAAUAUGUGGAAGGCAAGUGGGCUUGUGAGGGUUAUGAUCCACCACGUGGUCUAGAUGAAAAUAUUGCUCGGAAAUACUUACGUGAUAUUGUCUCGGGACUGAUCUAUCUCCAUGAUCAUAAUAUAGUGCACGGUGAUAUAAAACCAGAUAAUUUGUUGAUAACCCUUGACGGUACCAUAAAGAUUGGGGACUUCAGUGUUAGCCAGGUUUUUGAGGAUGAAAAUGACGAGCUUCGCCGUUCUCCUGGAACCCCUGUUUUUACUGCACCAGAAUGCUGUUUAGGUAUUACUUAUCAUGGCAAAGCUGCUGACACGUGGGCAGUUGGGGUGACACUGUACUGUAUGAUACUUGGUCAAUAUCCGUUUCUUGGAGAGACACUGCAAGAUACAUAUGAUAAAAUUGUCAAUAAUCCAUUAUUGCUGCCUGAUGAUAUGAAUCCCCAUUUGAGAGAUCUAUUGGAAGGAAUUCUAUGUAAAGACCCUAGCCAGAGGAUGACACUGAAAGCCAUAUCACAGCACAGCUGGGUUAUUGGAGAAGAAGGUCCAAUCCCACAAUAUCUAUGCUGGUGCAAGCGCAAGAGUUUGGUGGUGGAAGAACAACAGUCAAACUUACAACCAGAAGAAAAUGGGAGUAAAUACAAUGAUUUUGACGUGGCUCCUAAUUUGUCUAUGUAGUGAUUGGAUUUGUUGGUGUAAAUUAAAAAAAAAAAAAAAAAGCUAGAAUAGUUUUUUGACCAUUUUAUUUUACAGUCCUCAUCCCUUCUGUUGUGAACAUGGAGUGCAAUUUUAUCGCCUGAGAAAUUAUGGGGUUUUUAUGACUUCAAAAUUGUUGCUUAUUUUAAGAUUUCUUUGAGACAUUUAGUUUCA